CAUAAAUCCUACAUAACCUUGAGCUGGUACGCAGGACAGGUCGAAGUCCUGAAUGACUGCAGUACUGCUAAAUGGCGGCAGGUGGCGCAGGUAGGCUCCCCAGGAAAAUUUGGAAACAAACAUGGCGGCGCACAGUGUUUUCCGACCGGGCUUGUUCAACCAUAAAGUUGCAAUAGUGACCGGUGGAGCGACUGGUAUUGGGAAAGCAAUAUCUGCUGAACUCGUUGAAUUGGGUUGCAGUGUGGUGAUUUCCAGCAGGAAAGCGGAGAGAUUGGAGGGGGCUGCCCAAGAGAUGAGACAAAAAAUUCCAGCUUCCAGCCCUGCAUGUGUCACUCCUCUACCUUGCAACAUCCGCAACGAGGAUGAGGUGAAGGCUCUUGUAUCUUCCGUGCUGAAGCAGUAUGGUCGCAUAGAUUUUCUGGUGAACAACGGCGGUGGUCAGUUCAGCAGUCCAGCUGAGCACAUGUCUUCUAAAGGAUGGAAAGCUGUGAUCGACACAAACUUGACUGGCACCUUCCACUGUUGCAAGGAAGUGUACACUACAUGGAUGAAGCAACAUGGAGGUGUGAUCGUUAACAUCAUUGCAGACAUGUGGAAAGGCUUUCCGGGCAUGGCUCACACAGGUGCAGCCAGGGCAGCGGUGGAUAACGUAACAAAGAGCCUGGCCGUUGAGUGGGCUGCCUCGGGUGUCCGGGUCAACGCUGUUGCCCCAGGCACCAUUUUUUCUAAAACGGCAAUGGAGAACUAUAAGGAGCUUGGACCAACCCUUUUCAAGAUGUCUGUCCCCUUUAGUCCCGCAAAGAGAUUGGGACUACCAGAAGAGAUCUCUUCUGCAGUUUGUUUCCUGCUCUCUCCGGCCGCCUCUUACAUCUCUGGAGCCACACUGAAGGUCGAUGCAGGACAGAGUCUGUACCACUCCAUGUGGGAGAUACCCAAUCAUAGUGCGUGGCCCAAAGGUCCAGAGGGGGAGAACCUGGAUGCGCUAAAGGACCUACUCAACCCCCGGAGCAAGCUCUGAUUAAUUUGUCCCACACUGAUAGCACAAAAACAACAAAUAUAAUGCUGGCUGAUUUAGACAGGAAACAGAUAUGCUUUGAAAAUAAAAUAAUGUAAUUUCUUGUAAUAUACUGAAAACAUUGAAUAACUAAUUGUAUGGUACAAUGAGUAUGAUAAUGUGCAUGUUAUACAUGUUAAUUAAAUGUCAUUAAUGUUGUCACAUGUGCCUGAAAAAACAAAUGUGUAUAAUAUAAUUAAACAGUCUACACAUUACAGUUAGUUAUAUACACUUUUAUUAGGUGACAGGCGAAGAAUCUCCGAAUUUAUUUUAAUUCUGAGACGUUGUCUUGUCAGUUCAUUAAUUAGGUUUCAUAUGAAAUAAAAUCCUGUAUGUUCCUUGUUA